AAAGGAUGUGUCCGUGGUUCCGUGGAGCAUUUCCCGGGACCUGCCAACAUGCCUGCAUCCAGGGGGCGGCUGUUGAUCCUGUCCUUCCUGGUCCUGGGACAAGCAAUGGAUUUUACAGAUUACAAUUAUGUCCUAGAAGAAGAGGAAGAAGAUACUGAUCCAAUUGACUAUAAGGACCCUUGUAAAGCUGCUGCCUUUUUAGGAGACAUCGCCUUGGACGAGGAAGACCUCAAGCUAUUCCAGGUGGACCUCACACGGCACACCAUUGAGAGGACAGCUACCAAUUCUUCAGGGAACACUUCCAACAGUACCAGCAUCAGACCUGGGCGACAGCCGAGGAGGCGAUGGAAGCAGGGCUGGGGUCGGCCUCGGAGUCGCCGGGCCGCCACUUCCCGUACUGAGCGGGUGUGGCCGGAUGGAGUAAUUCCUUACGUGAUCAGCGGGAAUUUCAGUGGCAGCCAGCGAGCCGUCUUUCGGCAGGCCAUGCGCCACUGGGAGAAGAACACCUGCGUCACCUUUCUGGAGCGGAACGAUGAAGACAGCUAUAUCGUGUUUACAUACAGGCCAUGUGGGUGCUGUUCCUAUGUGGGGCGCAGAGGAGGGGGGCCUCAGGCUAUCUCUAUUGGGAAAAACUGUGACAAAUUUGGCAUUGUUGUGCACGAACUGGGCCAUGUGAUUGGAUUCUGGCACGAGCACACACGCCCGGACCGGGAUGCCCACGUGUCCAUUAACCGUGAAAACAUCCAACCAGGGCAGGAGUACAACUUCUUGAAGAUGGAACCUGAAGAGGUAGAGUCUCUGGACGAGAAGUACGAUUUUGACAGCAUCAUGCACUAUGCCAGGAACACCUUUUCCAAGGGCAUCUUCCUUGACACCAUCUAUCCCAAAUAUAAUGUGAACGGGAUGCAGCCUACCAUUGGCCAACGAACCCGACUGAGCAAAGGGGAUAUUACACAGGCACGCAAGCUCUACAAAUGUCCUGCUUGUGGAGAGACUCUGCAGGACAGUCAAGGGAACUUCUCCUCACCCACGUUCCCCAAUGGAUAUGCUGCACACAAGCACUGCAUCUGGAGGAUAUCAGUCACCCCAGGGGAAAAGAUCAUUCUGAACUUUACAAUCAUGGAUCUGUACCGAAGUCGGCUAUGCUGGUAUGACUACGUGGAGGUGAGAGACGGGUUCUGGAGGAAGGCCACCCCGCGAGGUAGGUUCUGUGGGAACAAACUUCCAGAGCCCAUCCACUCGACCGACAGCCGCCUCUGGAUUGAAUUCCGCAGCAGCAGCAGCUGGGAGGGCAAAGGCUUCUUUGCAACCUAUGAAGCCAUCUGCGGGGGAGACGUGAAGAAAGACUAUGGGCACAUCCAGUCUCCCAACUAUCCCGACGACUACCGGCCCAAUAAAUUGUGCAUCUGGAAAAUUACUGUCUCAGAAGGAUACCACGUGGGCCUCUCUUUCCUGUCCUUCGAGAUUGAGCGUCAUGACAGCUGUGCUUACGACUACCUGGAGAUCCGGGACGGUAACACCGAGUCAGGCAACCUGAUCGGAAGGUACUGUGGUUACGAUAAGCCUGACGACAUUAAGAGCACCUCCAACAAGCUGUGGAUGAAGUUUGUGUCGGACAGCUCCAUCAACAAGGCAGGCUUUGCCGUCAACUUCUUCAAAGAAGUGGACGAGUGCUCAAGACCAGACAAUGGUGGGUGCGAGCAGAGGUGUAUGAACACUCUGGGCAGCUACAAGUGUGCCUGCGACCCUGGCUAUGAGGUGGCUUCCGACAAACGCAGGUGUGAAGCUGCCUGCGGUGGGUUCAUCACCAAACUCAAUGGCUCCAUUACAAGCCCUGGAUGGCCAAAUGAUUAUCCGCCCAACAAGAACUGUAUCUGGCAGCUGGUGGCACCUACCCAAUACCGAAUAUCCCUGCAGUUUGACUUCUUUGAGACGGAGGGCACUGAUGUGUGCAAGUACGACUUCGUAGAAGUGCGCAGCGGCCUCACCACCGAGGCCAAGCUACACGGCAAGUUUUGUGGGGCCCAAAAGCCCGACGUGAUCACCUCCCAGUACAACAACAUGCGCAUCGAGUUCAAGUCUGACAACACCAUCUCCAGGAAGGGCUUCAAAGCUCAUUUCUUCUCAGACAAAGACGAAUGUACGAAGGAUAACGGUGGAUGCCAACACGAGUGCCUGAACACUUUCGGCAGCUACGAGUGCCAGUGCCGGAGUGGCUUUGUGCUGCAUGACAACAUGCAUGACUGCAAAGAAGCUGGCUGUGAUCACAAGAUGACAUUCAUCAACGCAACCAUCACCAGCCCAAAUUGGCCUGAUAAAUACCCGAGCAAGAAGGAAUGCACCUGGGCAAUCACAACUACGCCAGGACACCGUGUCAAACUGACUGUCAGGGAGCUGGAUAUUGAAAGCCACCAAGAAUGCACUUACGACCACCUGGAAGUUUACAAUGGAAAAGAUGCCAAAGCUCCUGUCCUGGGCCGAUUCUGUGGGUCUAAGGAGCCAGACCCUGUUAUCUCUUCCAGCAACAGGAUGUUCCUCAGGUUCUUCUCUGAUAACUCUGUCCAAAAAAAAGGCUUUGAGGCAACCUACACAUCAGAAUGCGGAGGCCUGAUGCUAGCGGAAGUGAAAACCAAGGAUCUCUAUUCGCAUGCCCAAUUUGGAGAUAACAACUACCCGGAGGCCUCAGAAUGUGAAUGGGUGAUUGUGGCUGAGGAAGGCUAUGGGGUGGAACUCAUCUUCCAGACCUUCGAGAUUGAGGAGGAGGCCGACUGUGGCUACGACUACAUGGAGCUGUUCGAUGGCUACGAUGGGACGGCCCCACGCUUUGGACGCUAUUGUGGCUCUGGGCCUCCAGAAGAGGUCUAUUCCGCUGGCGACUCGGUGAUGGUAAGAUUCCACUCAGAUGACAGCAUCAACAAGAAGGGUUUCCACCUACGGUAUACCAGCACCAAAUUCCAGGACACGCUGCACAUGCGGAAGUGAUGCCCAGCUGCCUAACCCCCUACAACGGAGAACAGGCCUUCCAUGACUGGAGGGUCAAGUCCCUGCUGUUUGCGAAAAAAGAAAAA